AUGGCACGCCUUCGUGGCAAUACGCCCGCCAAGGCGGGGGCGCGGGGAAGCAGCAUCAGAUCAGUAUUGGAUGAUGGCACACAACCGCACGAGGUCAGCGGCGCGCGACGCGCCGCUCUCGCAGGCUGCUUUUGGCUGUUUUCCGCAUCGUUUCGCGGAGAGUUUUUGUUUAUGUUUUCAGAGAAGGGGCGGCCCCUCGACCCUGCAGCCAACAAGCUGACGCGGGCCCAGUACCUCGAUGAGGUGACUUGGACCACCAAGAGCUGGCUGGGGCUGCAGAAGCAGCGCAUCUCAGUCGUACUUCACACGGCCAUCGCGGAGCAGAUUGUGAAUGAGCUUGCCUGCGGCGAGGGCGGUCGAGUGCACGGAGCUAAGUGCCUCGCCGUCCUCGCGGGAGUCGCUUAG